AUGAACGUUGAAAAACUACCAUUUAAUAAUUCAACUAUGGACAAAGUACUUUGGGGAGUCAUGGGGACGGCAACUAGUAUUCAUCAAGCUUUUGUUAAAUCAAAUAUGAAAUCAACAAGUGUAAAUCCUCUUGGAGUUUAUAUGCAUAAUUGUUCUGACCCGAAUUUCUUCGAUGUGGAAAAGAUUCUACGAGAGGACAAAUUUGAGGAGAAAGGGAAAUAGAGAAGGAUGAAGGACGAAAAUCUGACCUUUUUGUACAUUUGAAGGAAAAUCUUGGAGAAGAAAAAGUUGGGGCAACAAAACUCAGUUC